AUGGCCUCGCAGUUAGACAAGCUCAUGGACGGCGCUGGCCUGACGUUGCGCAACAAGUCACGACGUCGACCCCAAAUCAGCGCGCCGAAGCCUAUCUCCGGCCCAAAGCCGGCAGAUAGGAGACCCUCGGGUGCUCAGCAGGGUGGUGCAACUUCAGAUCUCGUCAAGCGUCGCUACUCUGCUCGUUUCAACCAGGCCUCGGAUUCAACCUUCGAUGCUCCCCCAGUACCGAGCAUUCCAGCAGAUAUACAAGCGUUCAAGGGCCCGGCCGGCGCGCCCGCUGUGCCCAGUGCACUACAGCCCGGCGGCCCAGGUGUAACACUCGAGGUAAACCUCAGAGCAUUGAAAGAUCCAUCUUUGCCAGUGGAAAAAUAUGUUGCCGGAUUGCUUGCCAACGCCUCCGAAGAGGAGAUUCGAGAAUACCAGCAGAAUUUACGGAAAGUCAAGAACCGUACAUCAACGGAUUUACAGCAAAACGUAUAUCAAAAUCGAACCCAGUUCAUCAAGAUUAGUGAAGAAGCAGAGAAGCUCAAGGGCGAAAUGCGUACUUUGCGCACCUUAAUGUCGGAGCUCACUACAACGCUGGGACAGACUCAUGAUGCUAGUGGAUCAAAUCCACUAUUGGCAGCCGAUGAUCGCGCGUCAAAGCGCAGUAAUCGUAGCUCUGUUGCAAAUCUCGAGAAUAUGUGGAACAUACAGCUACAGACGCUAUGGAAAACGGUCGAAGGGUCCCAAAAGUUCCUGCCGACAAUCCCCGGUAGACAUAUUGUGUUGGAAAGUGGACACUGGGUAGAGCUUGACUCAGCGACAUGGAAACCAAGACGGCCGGUGCAUAUUGUUCUGUUGAAUGAUCACCUGCUGGUUGCCGCCAAGAAACGAAAGCGAAUCGAUCCAAAUGGUCCCAGCCAGCACCGUGGACCAGCUCCAACUAAGCUUGUUGCUGAAGAGUGUUGGCAGCUUCAAGAUAUCGAUAUGAUUGACUUGGGCGCAAACCUUGGGUCAGGAGCCGCACGUGCUGAAGCUGAGCAUAGAGGUGUAGCUCAUGCAAUCAACAUACGCGUUGGUUCUCAAUCAUACACCUACCGAUAUGAUCAGCGUAACAAUACUGCCAAGAACGAGCUUUUGGCAACGUUCCGCAAGACUGUAGAAGACCUUCGCAAGACACUACGAUCUGAAAUUGAGAAUUCAGGCAAGCUUAGCGAUGGAUUUCGCACCCUCGGUCAACUGGAAGGAGCUCGAAAAUCAGGUCUGCACGAUAGCGCCGAGAGCUUCAAAGACAAACCCGAAGUUCGGAUUGAUGUGGACGGUAAACAGCACAAUUUACGAUGGGUAGAAGGCCAAAUCGAUGAACUUGACAUCGAUAUUGCAUUGCAACACUUUGAAGAAGCUGUCUCUAGCGUGGAACGGCUGAGAAAACUUGCUCGAGGCCUCAAAGGGAACGCCGCUGCUCAGGAUGCUAUCAAUCAGAAAGUAGACGAACGAGCAACGACACUCGCUAGCACCCUCUCGCGUACGUUGGUUGACACCCAUUCGUUCUUGGUGUCUACGAAGACACAUGUCCUCUGGCUUGCUCGCCUCGGCUUCGAAGAUCGCGCACGCGAAGCUUAUCUGCGUGCCCGCACCGAAGUCAUUCACAAACGCGUGCGUCAAUGCGUUUUCGAAGGGGACCUACCCUUGUAUAUCUUUCAGAUAUCAUUUGUUUACUUCACUCUCAUCAAAAACACCAUCAGCACCUACCAGCAAUGCUUCCCACCUAUAAUGACAAGUUCCAACAUCAAAUGGGCAAAGGAGCAUUUAGACCAGUUCAACGCCAUACUUGUGAGGCAGCUAAGCAGUGUACAGAGAGGGACGACAGUUUGGCAGAAAUGCAUGGACACAUUAGAUGAUCAGGCUGCUUUGUUGAAAGAGGUUGGAGUGGAUUUCAAUGAUCUGAUCAAGAAAGGCCUCGAGAACGGAAAUGGCGUACAACAGGAGGCAGAUAUUGGAGAGCCUAUUGACGCCGAGGCACAUUGA